GCAGGCUGGAAACAUUGGUGGCCAGAACGUUGGAGCUGACGAGAGGAGCAAGAGAGCAGCUCAGGAUUGCCCAGCCAGUGGACCAUGGCAGUGAAGCAGCAAGCCCCUUAUCUGCACCUGGCGGAACUCACAGCAUCCCAGUUCCUGGACGUCUGGAAACAUUUUGAUGCUGAUGGAAAUGGCUACAUUGAAGGCAAGGAGCUGGAAAACUUCUUCCAGGAGCUGGAAAGUGCUAGGAAGGGAGCUGGAGUGGACUCUAAGAAUGACAACUUUGGAGAAAAGAUGAAGGAGUUCAUGCAGAAGUAUGACAAAAAUGCAGAUGGCAAGAUUGAAAUGGCUGAGCUUGCUCAGAUCCUGCCCACAGAAGAGAACUUCCUGUUGUGUUUCAGACAGCAUGUUGGAUCCAGUUCUGAAUUCAUGGAGGCUUGGCGGAAGUAUGACACAGACCGCAGCGGCUACAUAGAAGCCAAUGAGCUCAAGGGCUUCCUGUCAGACUUGCUAAAGAAAGCAAACAGGCCCUAUGAUGAGCCAAAGCUGCUGGAGUAUACACAGACCAUUUUGCGGAUGUUUGACACAAAUGGAGACGGGAAGCUGUGCCUAUCAGAGAUGGCCCGACUUUUGCCUGUGCAAGAAAACUUCCUACUUAAAUUUCAGGGAAUGAAGCUGGCCUCUGAGGAGUUCAAUGCUAUCUUUACCUUUUAUGACAAGGAUGGGAGUGGCUACAUCGAUGAGCAUGAGCUGGAUGCCCUUUUGAAAGACCUGUAUGAGAAAAACAAGAAGGAAAUGAACAUCCAGCAACUCACCAACUACAGAAAGAGCAUCAUGAGCCUCGCCGACGGGGGGAAGCUGUACCGCAAGGAACUGGAAAUUGUGCUCUGCAAUGAGCCUCCCAUGUAGAGAGGCACUGCCCCCCUCUCCUCCAAAAUCUCCCCCACCCUGCCACUCCCAUGAAGACGGAUAAGAGAGAGCAAGCGCAAGUGGACGAGGAGGGAGCAAAUGCCAGUGUGCAACUGAUGGGCCUCCAACCAACAAUCUCCAAACCCCCAAGGCUAGACUUGCUGAUCUGCUUGCCACCCGGGUUGCAGAAUCUCACUGGCGGUGGGGGCAGGGGCAGCAAUGCAUGACCUCAUCUACCAGUGGCUCUGAUUUAGACUAAGUGUUCAAUAGGGCGAUAGUCCAUUUUUCUUCCUGGGCUCGACCCAUUUCUCUCUUUAGUUGGUGUAGUUGGUUUCCUGUAAAUCCUGCCUCUGGAGUGAAUGAUUUUUCUUUUUUGUUCUUUUUCAUUCAUUCUUUUCAAGUUCUGUCUUAUUAUUUACCAAAGAACAGUUUACAAAUAAACUUAAGUACUGCUAC